UUCCCUCUUUUCUCUGCCUCACGAAAAAAACUAAAACGGGCUCCUCUACUAUUUUCACUAGUAGGAUUUUUCAAUUGUGUCUCUAUUACAUAUACGUCAUUUUCCCCUGUACAUAUACACACAGUAAAAUGGACGCUUAUCCGCUGCAUCUAGCAAUGGCGGCACUUGUUGGAGCGUCCUUUGUUGCCGUUUCGGCGUACUAUAUGCACAGGAAAACCCUAAACCAGUUGCUAGAGUUCGCAAAGGCGGAGGACGGCGACGGUGAUGUGGCCGAGCAGGUUAACAAGUACCCCUCCCGACGGCGUAGCAAGGGGACCGCUGGUUACAGUCGUCGCGGUUCGGACGUGACCAAUGUUUCUGGCGGCGGCGGAGAUGCUGGUGACUCGGAGGAGAGAAGGAAUGGUCCGGUGCACUUGGAUUAUAUUCCGGCCGGAUUGCCGAAGCUUCACACGCUUCCUGAAGGCAAAUUUGGUAGUGUGAGUUCAAACACCAGAGCGGUACAUCUUAUUCGACCUACUUCUCCUAAAUCACCUGUUGGUAGUGCAAGUGCAAGUGCAUUUGAGAGUAUAGAAUGUUCAGACGACGAAGAUAACAUGACUGACAAUGCAAUGCUAGACACUACAUAUAUUCAUUCUAAUGGAAACGCGAACUUACCUGACCAUACAAAUGUAACUGGUGAACCAAUGCCCUCCGCCACAUCAAAUAUGGUUCACUCACACAGUGUAACUGGUGACCUGCAUGGUGUCCAACCCGAUCCUGUAGCUGCUAAUUUUUUAAGGAAAGAACCAGAACAAGAGACCUUUGUACGAUUAAGAAUUUCCCCCCUUGAGAUACCAUCUCUGGAGGAAGUAGAUGUCUACCGAUCACUGCAAGGUUGCCUUGAAAUGAGGAGACGUUAUGUAUUUAGAGAAGUCGUUGCCCCAUGGGAAAAGGAAAUUAUAUCUGAUCCUAGUACUCCAAAGCCAAUUCAGAACCCAUUUCAUCAUAUUCCAGAGGGAAAAUCUGAUCACUAUUUUCAGAUGGAAGAUGGCGUCGUUCAUGUUUAUGCAAAUAAAGAUUCAAAAGAGAAACUUUUCCCUGUAGCUGAUGCCACAGCUUUUUUCACCGACCUGCAUCAUAUUCUCAAGGUUAUAGCAGCUGGGAAUAAUCGAACUUUAUGCCAUCACAGGCUAGUUCUUCUAGAACAGAAAUUCAACCUUCAUCUGAUGCUUAAUGCGGACAGGGAGUUCCUAGCUCAGAAAAGUGCACCACAUCGAGAUUUUUAUAACGUCAGGAAGGUCGACACUCAUGUUCACCACUCGGCUUGCAUGAACCAGAAACAUCUUUUAAGGUUUAUCAAAUCGAAGUUGAGGAAGGAACCAGGCGAGGUUGUUAUAUUCAGAGACGGGACAUAUCUGACCUUGAAAGAGGUGUUUGAGAGCUUGGAUUUAACUGGAUAUGAUCUGAAUGUUGACCUAUUAGAUGUUCAUGCUGACAAAAGCACAUUUCAUCGCUUUGACAAAUUUAAUUUGAAGUAUAAUCCCUGUGGCCAGAGUAGAUUGAGAGAGAUAUUUCUGAAGCAAGAUAAUCUCAUACAGGGCCGUUUCCUUGCUGAAUUGACUAAGCAAGUUUUUUCAGAUCUGGAAGCAAGUAAAUAUCAGAUGGCUGAAUACCGAAUAUCAAUUUAUGGCAGAAAGAAGAGUGAGUGGGACCAACUAGCAAGUUGGAUAGUAAAUAAUGACCUGUACAGUGAGAACGUUGUAUGGCUUAUUCAGCUACCAAGACUUUACAAUGUGUACAAGGAGAUGGGAAUUGUCACCUCGUUUCAGAAUAUUCUUGAUAACAUCUUUCUGCCGUUGUUUGAAGUUACCGUCGAUCCGGAUUCGCAUCCACAGUUGCAUGUUUUCUUAAAGCAGGUUGUUGGGCUGGAUCUUGUAGAUGAUGAAAGCAAGCCUGAAAGGCGUCCUACUAAACAUAUGCCUACGCCGGCUCAGUGGACCAAUAUAUUUAAUCCAGCAUUUUCGUACUACGCAUACUAUUGCUAUGCUAACCUAUAUACUCUAAACAAGCUUCGCGAGUCUAAAGGUAUGACGACUAUUAAGUUCCGGCCCCAUUCUGGAGAGGCUGGUGACAUAGACCAUCUAGCUGCAACAUUUCUGACAGCUCAUAACAUUGCACAUGGAAUCAAUCUUAGAAAAUCUCCUGUUCUUCAAUAUCUAUACUACCUAGCCCAGAUUGGUCUUGCUAUGUCCCCUUUGAGCAACAACUCUUUAUUCUUGGACUACCAUCGUAAUCCUCUUCCGAUGUUUUUCCUUCGCGGCCUCAAUGUUUCCUUGUCGACCGACGAUCCGUUACAAAUUCACUUAACAAAAGAACCCCUGGUGGAAGAAUACAGUAUAGCUGCUUCGGUGUGGAAAUUAAGUUCAUGCGAUUUAUGUGAGAUUGCUCGUAAUUCAGUGUAUCAGUCUGGUUUCUCGCAUGCUUUAAAGUCUCACUGGAUUGGUGAGGGGUACUUCAAGCACGGACCAGAUGGAAAUGACAUUCACAAGACUAAUGUACCUCAUAUAAGGCUCGAAUUUCGUGAUAUGAUAUGGAGAGAAGAAAUGCAACAUGUUUAUCUGGGCAAUGCAAACUUUCCCAAGUUUAUUGACCCAUAAUCUGCUUCCUAAUCAGUAAAUUAUUGAUUGUUUGACCCCAGGGGUACUGGCAAGUGGCACUAGAUUAUAAAUUGCUUAUAUUAGAAGAGCUGUGGUCUAACCAACAACGGAGAAGUAUUAGCUUUGGCAAGGUUUGUAUAGCUGGACUCUCGUGAAGGAAUGAUGAGGAUUAUCUUGUAAGAAUGAGUUUAGUUUUAGGUAACUAUAAGAUCAAGCAUAGCAAAACAUGAUCUUCACUAUAAGAUUCCAUUGUAAUAUGUUUCCUUCCUC